AUGCUGCCAUUCCUUUAUUUCCUCUUAUGUUCUAAUUUGGUGUCGGGUUCUUUAGGUGGAUGGGAUAGUUUUGUGCCGUGGAAGAGGAAUUUGUUGGAACGCGACAUCGAUCCUACUUGCUCGUGUACCGAUCCAGCGGCAGCUGAAUGGGCGACGAAUAAAUUCUUUUCAGUUGCUGCGACAUCAGCAGAAACGCCGGCCGGUUAUACUCAAACUUUGACCAAUGGACAUACAUGGACUUCGGGAGAUGGGUAUCUCGGGUAUACGACGAUUGACGAAUACGACAACGGCAUUUGUGCAGCCAUUUGCGAUUCGAUCGAAGAAUGUUCGUCUUUCGAGAUCUAUUUUGAGAAGGAAGUUGGUGGAUCAACGCCCUCGAUCAAAUGUGCUUUCUGGGCUGGUGCGAUCACCACGACUGACGCUUCCACCGGUGCCAAUGCUGUAAUUGCCGGUUGCAAUGGCUAUACCAACAAUACCCUUACAACACCUGAAGGCUUUGAUGCUCCCUCAUAUAUUGGGGGUGCCGCCAUUCAUCCACCUGGAGAUUCGAAUUCCUUCAUGGGUUCCAAGAUUUUUGAGGGACCAUUCGACACUUCUCAUUGCGCAGAGGAGUGCCAUUCAUGUGGCUGCAAAUUUUUCAACACGUAUGUUGUCUCCAAGAAUGGUAUUCGUCAAGGCCAAUAUUGUGACAUGUAUGCUCACCCUUUUGGACAUGACUGGGCUACGGAAACUGGAAGUUCUGAUGGAAAGACCAAUUACACUAUUUCUCACAGCUUUACCUGUGGAUGGGCUGGAGACAAGCGUGAUGAAGGGAAAUCCAACGGUAUCUCGGCGGUCUCACCGACAAGAACUGCCAGCUCGGGUGGAAAGGGCAAUUCAUGGGAACACGAUCACCCUUGGCAUGGAAGUGGACCAAAUACCGGCAUCUCGACAACGGCGACCGCCACUUCAGGACAUUCGGGGGACUCGACUGCUAAAUCUGGAUUUGAGACCACCACUUCAGAGCCUUCGUCUUCAACCGAGACUGGACCGGGUGGAUUUCCUCCCACUUAUCCUAGUACAAGUACGGAAUCUCCAGACUCCUCGACGACAAAGCCUGAGGGUGAGACAACGAGCCCAGUCCCCGAGCAUUCAGCGACCCAUCCAGGCCCGAGUCCCCAUACCACUCCAUCUCGUUCUGUGCCAUCCCGACCAUCAUUCAGCAGUUCUCAUGGUGGAGGUGAUUGGAGUGAUUGGAGCGCCACAACAUGGUCGUCAAUCACGUCUUCAGGAGAUGAAGCAUCUCCGGGAACUUCCUCAACUGUCUCUACAACCUUCAGCGCAUUCACCUCUCAUGCAUUGCAUCCUCAUCCGUCAUUCAGCCACUCAAAGGGCCAGAACGAAUGGACUGAUUGGAGUAAUGCUACAACUCGAUCUUCGUCUGCGACAUCCUCAGCUCAAGUGUCUCCUGUCUUUACAACCUCAUCCGAGAUUACCUCGAGUACGCACUUGAGCACUUCUCGACAUCAUUCGACACGACCAGGAGUCUCUAGCACAAAUCACGAAUGGCAGGAUUGGGGGAGCACGACAACUCGGUCUGCUCCGUCAACGAUGCUGACCAGCUCCACCAGCUCCACCACGUCCGAGACCGUGGAUGCGAUAACGACUUCAUCACCCACCACUUCUCGUCUGGCAACACGACCGUCGAUUAGUGGUUCGAGGCCAACUCAUGAAUCUGGCUGGCUCGACUGGGAGAGCACGACAACGGAAUCUACAACAUCAAAGAGGCUGUCAACCACGACAUCGAAUACAGUUGAUGCUGUAACGACUCAAUCAUCCACCACUUCACGAUCGACAACACGACCAUCGAUGAGCCGGUCAUUGUCUCAUGAAUGGGCGGACUGGACUGCCACAACUCGAUCUACCACAACAACAGGGCGGUCCAUUACACCGUCAAUAUCAAUUGAUUCCACUGUUUCCACAACAACUUCCAAUGUUGUCAACCCUGCAACGACUUCGUUGUCCACCUCUUCCCAUAUGGACAGACUGGACUUUGACCUCUACUUCAUCCACAUCCACUUUGAAGUCAUCUACGUCUUGGUCCGAGUCAGUGUCUUCUAUGGCGACAACAUCUACAACCUCCACUUUUGUGGCCUCAACACGACCAUCAAUGAUCGGUUCGGGUCACAGUCAAUGGAUAGACUGGACUGUUACAUCGCGAUCUACAUCUACCAUCUCGGCAACCUCGACGGAAUCUGCAUCCCCCGUGGCUAUGACAUCGUCCACUUCAUCAUUUGUGGGCUCAACUCGACCAUCGAUUAG